AAGAGAAGAAAGAGGAAGAAAAAAAAAAGAGACAGACAGAGAGAGAAGAGAAAAGAAAGAAAAAGAAGAAGAAAAAAAUACAAAAGACAAAACAAGAACAGAAGAGAUUCAAAAUCGAAGCCAAAUGAUUCUUCAAUUCCUCUUCAUCCACCUUCUUCGCCUUCUGUUUCUGUGGCGCCAGGUCGAAGCAGCAGGCGUUCCAGUGUUGCCAAGCCUGCUGCCUGUGAUGACGACAACGCUGGUGGGGCCGGCGGAGGAGGAGGCGCAGGAGAGGCCUACGCCCCGGGCCGUGUUCACCUUGCAGAACAACACGGAGCUGAGGUCCCAAGUGGGCACGACGGCGGUGUUGCACUGCGUGGCGGAACAUGUGGGCGAAAAUUUGGUGACAUGGAUAAGGAGAAGGGACUACCACCUCCUCACUGUCGGUACCCAUGUCUACAGCAGCGACGACAGAUUCCAAGUUCGCUAUAUCAAGGAGAAGAACGACUGGCAGCUUCACAUCCGCUACGUCCAGGUGCGAGACGACGGUGCCUACGAGUGCCAGGUGUCAUCGCAUCCGCCCGUCAGCCUCCUUGCCACGCUGCGGGUCCUCGAAGCCACGUCGGAGAUCUUAGGAGGGCCUGAGAAGUACAUGACCGCCGGUAGCUCCCUCAGGCUCGUCUGCGUCUUGAGGGACAACACGCAGCCUCCAAGCUAUGUCUUCUGGUACCAUGAUGACGUCAUGAUUAAUUAUCAGUCGACGAGAGAGGUUCGCGUCGAGAACAACGGCGGGCUGAGUGUGUUGUUCCUGAGACGCGUCACGCCCGCAGACUCCGGGAACUACACGUGCGCGCCCUCCAACGCCCGCCACGCCCACAUCCACAUCCAGGUUCUCAAAGGUGGAGAGACCCCCGCAGCCAUACAUUCCGGUUCAAGCAGGACUUGCUCUCCGUCGCCCCUCCCCCAGCUGGUCCUCGAGGGGGCGGCGCUAAUCCUGUGCCUCGAGGUCCUACUCAGACUGAUGCUGACCUCAGGCAACGUCCUCGCGGGGAAAUCAAUACGCACGGAGACGACACCUUCACAUUUGCGUGUGGUUGACCUCCAGCCGGGGAAGAGACGCAGUUACAGGUUGAUUAAAAUACGUAAUCUUGCUCAAGAUAAGGAUUUCGAUAUUUUUUUUAAGCAUUUGUUUUACUGGUUAUGUGUUAUAAUUUUGUGGCAGACUUACAAUGCUCAUUGUGAUGUUUAA